AUGCAGUACCUCAGGUGCUGUCGAGAAGCUACAUCACAAGAUCCGGCGGAAACGCUUGCCUCAGAUAUCAUCUGAGCAAGUUGGCUAAGGCAAGAUGAUAUCUAGCCUGCUCGCGUUUUUGUCUCUAUAUCCCUCCCUCUCCCAAUCUCUGACAUCUCUCUCCCACUCUCUCGAAGUGUAGAUCCCCUUGGCUUCCUCAUCCACCGCCCGCCACAUCGUUAUCUGAAGCCUACCUACCUACUGGUAGCUCUUUAUCGAAUGUCGUUUAUAGUAUACACAUAUUCGAUUAUAUUCGCCUUACCUCCCUUGUCCUCCUUCUUGUAUCUUCUCGUUUUUCCUUGCCUGCGUAUCUACAACAGCAGCCAACCACAGGGACAGGAUACGCCAUGGAGCUAGUCAGCUUUAUGCUGAGCCUCGCCGUCGUGGUUCUUCUAGUAUUUCCUCUGACAGCGGAAGCCGUCGUGGACGAGUGCGAUGGGAUAUUGGUCUCAGAGUUGCUCCCGACCCUCAUCGAUCCCGGCCCCCUUUAUCAGCACCUGCAGACCGUCCAGAGCUUCGCUCACAAAAACAAUGGGACUAGAGUGGUUGGCUCUCGAGGCCAUAACCUUACGAUCGACUAUAUCAUAGGCAAACUUCGCGCCAGAGGCUAUUAUGUCGAGACGCAGCGUUUCAGUGGCUUGGCGCGGGUCUUCGAUGCUGCCAAUCUCUCCAUAAACGGCCACAGUGUCCAUGCCGAAGCACUAGAGUGGUCUCCUGUUUGCAAUUUCACGUCCCUUCCAGUCGUGACUAUGAACCGGACGGGCUGCGAACUGGCACACUACCCCGAUGAAAUCAAUGGUGCUAUUGCACUUGUCUCUAGAGACGGAUGUUCUCUAUCGGAAAAGUCGAAGGCUGCUGGCGAUGCCGGAGCUGCCGUCCUCUUAGUGCACGAGUCUACGCAACUAGUUCCAAGCCUCGAUCGAUGGGAUACCAACCACAUCCCAUCGUUGAAAAUAUCGGACACAGACGUAGAACCCUUCCUAGCUUCCCACGAGAGACUGCGCGGGAACGUCAUGAUAAACACGAAGUAUCGAAAUGUGACCAGUGCCGGCAUCAACGACAAUGGUAGCGGAGUGGCGAGCCUCCUAGAGGUCGCCAUCCAGCUCUCCAGGUUCAGGACGAGCUCGAGGGUCAAAUUCGCUUUCUGGACAGCUGCCGAAUCGGGGUUGCUGGGCUCGAGGCGCUGGGUGGCGGGGACCUACCCAGAGGAACUUCGCAAGAUCCGUCUCUAUCUCGAUAUCAAUAUGGUGGCUUCCCCGAAUGGCGUGCUUAGGAUAUACGACGGGAACGGCACCUUGUCCCGGCGGCCUGGGCCGUUCGGCUCGGCGGCGGCGCAGGCCACGCUAGAAGACGCGUUCAGAGCCCAACGACGAAACUUCAGCAGAACGCAGAUCAACAACCGCAGCGACUACGCUCCUUUCUACGAGUCCCACAUCCCCUUCGGCGGCCUGUUUAGUGGCGCCAACGGGCUCAAGACGGAGGACGAGGCGAGGUUGUUCGGAGGGCACGUCGGAACUACGUACGAUGCCAACUAUCGCCGGCCGGGAGACAACAUCACGAAUGUGAACAUGACAACGCUUCUAGCGAAUGCUAGGACUUUAGCGCAUGCUGUCGGCAUUUACGGCAAGAGCAUCCAGAGCUUCCCCAUUCCCGGUACCUUGCCAGUGCCCGCAGAGGGAGAAAAGGGAGCGGGGGGGUGCCAUAUGGAGCUUCCGACGCAAUCCCUUGGUUGGGUCACGCUGGCCUGGACGGCUUGCUGGGCGUUGUCGUGGGCUCUGUAA